UCUGUUUCAAGUAACCAAGUUUUUGUGUUUCGAUUUUGUGAGCUCCAAUGGCUUCUGCUUCAGCAACUUCUCUCUGCAGGUUCCAACCUUUCAAAACCAACCAAUCAAGACUAGCCAGGUACCAGGGUUUCGCUUAGUUUCACCUUUCUUGCUAUUAAUUUUGAGGGAGACUUUCAUAGAACGUCUUCACUAUCACUAUAGUGUCCCAAACCACUAAUACAAGUCUACGUUGACUACUCGAGAUGCCACAGUGACGAUGAACUUGUCCCAUUGAAGUCUUCAAUAAUUUUGGUCUCAUUUGGUCUCCUAGUACUACUAAUACCAAAGUUUGUGUACUCAAGUCAACGUUUUGUUCACUUGGAUUCUCUUCAAAAUUUUGGGUCUGUUUUAGAGAAAAUCUUGCAUCUAAGUUGUCGUACUGCCUCUCAGAUAAAAUGUGCUGAAUUAUUUCUUGAAUUAUGUGCCUAAUGGAUGGUUUUUGAGACCAAUAAAAUGUGCUGAAAAGUGAAAAUACAUGAGGCAAUAUCUGCUUGUGAACUAAUAAUGUACGUAACAAGGACAAGUUCAAGUUUAAAGUUCGUUUCUAAUGGAUGGGCCAAGAAUGGCUUCUCAUCUUUCAGGAUCUCUUGUCUCCAAAUUUGUUGCGCUGUAAGUUUCUCAAACUUGACAAGUUAUUGUGUCUCAAAAAAUUGACAAUUAUCCUCAGUUGUAUAUUAAUAUUUGUCUAUUUCUCUCGUUUAAAAUCGGUUGCAAGGCAAGAUUACUUGCGAAUUUGAGAGUAACAAGUUAUAUUAAAACCACAUAAACGGACAGGCCAAGUCGGAGACAAUGCAAAAGGUUGUGGAGAUUGUGAGGGAGCAGCUGGCUUUGCCUCCGGAGUCUGAAGUCUCCCCCGACUCCAAGUUUGCAUUACUUGGUGCCGACUCUCUCGACACUGUGGAGAUAGUGAUGAAUUUGGAGGAAGAGUUUGAUAUUAGCGUUGAGGAGGAGAGUUCUGAGAACAUAAGCACGGUCCAAGAGGCAGCUGAUUUGAUAGAGAAGCUCAUUGAAAAGAAAUCAGCUGCUUAAUUAAUUAGAACUAAUUGAGUUAAGUUUA